AUGUCCGGAAAUCUAUCCAGCGCCGCCGAGGACCGCAAAGCCCGCCUGGCCGCCCUCAAGUCUCUCAAGCGCAAGCAACCAGAAGAAUCCACAGAAACCGACGACAACAUCCAAACAGAACCAGACUUCACUCAGGACGUCUCCUCCAUCAUCCUCUCAGGCCGCAAUUACGACGCUACAACACGCGCCCCAAAACUCGGUUUCGAGAACGAUCCCUCAGCACAAGAAAACACCCUAGAGAGAAAAGCACAAGAGCUGGCAGAAGCCACANAAAAGCAAGCAGCCCAGGAAGAACAACAAGACAAACCUUUGGAUCUGUUCAAGCUGCAGCCCAAANAACCCAAUUGGGAUCUAAAGCGCGACUUGGACCGCAAGCUGGACAUUUUGAACGUGCGCACCGACAAUGCCAUUGCGAAAUUGGUCCGCCAGAGGAUAGCCGCAACACAGGCUGAGAAGAGGAAAACCACUGGUGUGACAAACAACGAGGGCGAGGCUGUUGGUAUGGAAGGUGCAGAGUUGCUCGAAGCUACUAACUUGAGAGAAAAGGAGGACGAAGAGGAGGCUAGGAGAGAAGACGAAGCUCAGGCUGACCUUUUGGAUGGCAGCUGA